GCAAUCAACUUGUUCUGUGGCUAAUAUGACGACCUACAGCAAAUACGUCAAUGAGAUACUGAAGGGAUGGACUUGUCAGGAUCUCAUCCAUCCCUGGAGCACCAGCUGUGGACAAUCCUUCCUGGACUACAUGGCAAAUUGGUCGUUUGACGGUGUGAAGUUCUUCUUUCCCGCAAUUAUGAUUUCAGUGGUGAUGAAGACCAAAGAUAACUACACGAAGGCAAUCCUUAAAGGGAUCUUCGACAUAUUCCUGUGUUCGGCAAUUGGACACGUUUCCUUCGCCAUCGCCAUGUCCUGGUCCUGCAUUUUCUACAACAUCUUCAAGCGAUGCUACUACUCAACAACAGUUCUGAUUCCCACAUUUUUGGGCGCUCAAACAGUGAAUUUGCUGCCCAACAAUGCAAUCGUGGGUCACGCCAAUCCUUUCGCUUGCAUGUUCUUUGAGAUCCUCAUAAAAUUCAUGGAUUUCGACUGCAUGAAGUCGAUGCGGAAGUCCAAAUGGUGGGGAACACUGUGGUUCAUGUGUGGCAGUGCUGGAUUGCUGCAUUUGCUGGCAAAACAGCGCAAGACGGGCGUAUUUUGGUUCAUAAUUCCACCAAAAAUCACCAAAUCCACAAAUGUCGAAACGCCCAAUGAAGAGGACGUGCGCAAAAUCGUCACGCUCUGCACACACAAGGAGAAGUGCGUGAGUUUCAUCCUUCAGGGCAUGAGAACCUAUGCAAACUACGGAUUGAUGUUGGAAAUUCUGCGAAAUAUCACCGCGAAUUUGGGCAGAAUCAAGAGCAAUCCCAGUCAAUUCCUCACGCUGGCCACAAAGCGCAUCAACUACAAUCUCGUGACCUUCCUCAUGGCUUACAUCGGCUGCUACAGACUCACGAGUUGCCUGCUGAAGAAUUACACAAGCGGACACAGUGUGGACUUCGUGAACAUAGCGGCGGGAUUUGCGGGCGGUUUGGCUUAUGCCGUUUGGCCGAACUACAAUCUCUUCACCACGUGCAUCGUGACAAUGCUUCAGGUUUACUGGCAAUAUCUGCUAGCGCAGGAGAAUUGCCCCAAAGCGGUGAGGGAAGUGAACAAACUGCCGCUCAGCGGCCUCAUCUAUGGCAUCUGCAUGGCUGUUUGCGUCCAAACGAUGGUCUUCUAUCCGGACAAGACGGCGCACUUGUCCUACAUCGCGACCAGAGCCAACAGCAGCGGAGCAGUGGAUGGCCUCAAAUUCACCCUAACGCGACCCUUUUUCGACGCCCCCUUCAAGUAUGAUUAAAAUGA